GCCGGCUGACCGCCGCCAUUACACCAGACGGAGAAGCUACAGGCUACAGCAGUGAAGCCCCGCUGCUCUGUGGGCUCUUAGUGGGACCGUAUCGGAGCCGGUUCUGGACCCGGUUCUGGACCCGGGAUGGACAGUGAGAUCCAGCGGGACGGCAGAGUCCUGGACCUGACCGACGACGCGUGGAGGGAGGACCGGCUGCCCUACGAGGACGUUUCCAUCCCUCUGAGCGAGCUGCCGGAGGCCGAGCAGGACAACGGCGGAUCCACAGAGUCGGUGAAAGAGCAGGAGAUGAAGUGGACCGACCUGGCCCUGCAGAGCCUGCAUGAAAACACGCCGAGUUCUGGAAGCUGAGGAGCCGUCCAGAACUGGACCCGGUUCAUCCGCUUGCUUUGGAACAACUAAUAAAUCUAGAUGUUGUGCAUAGUCA